AUGGAACUCUAUAGCCGUGCAAUAGCUCGUGUCGAUACCGCUCUUCGGGCGUUGAAGGACGCUCCGGAGUCCUCCCAAGUGGAAUACGCGAAAAUAUUUAUAGCCGAGCUCUGGGAUGCGCGUACUGUGCGGAGGGAGCAUAAGAUCCCUCGUUCACCUUUCAUGCUUGCGCUGGCGCAGAUGGUAGCCCGCUGCAAACCGGCUCCGGGUGCCGACUCUGAUCUAGACGUUGAGGCUUUCGUGACUGAGAUGAGGGACUUCGAUGUUUCUCCGGCAAAAGAGUAUCAUGAGAAUUUGGGCGCCGAUCAAUGGUGGCGAUAUCUUCCAAAAAGAAGAGCUCAAAGGGACGAUAGGUCUACCCUAUUUGAGAGCAAAAGUGUUCAUACUCUCAAUGCUUGUCUACCCGUGUUGCCUGUUGUCGCUCAACCCAAUAGUCGGUGUAACAACGAUCGCCUGGCUGAGGGUCGUAGUGAGACGAUGUGUGUCGCCAAGGGAAAAGAGAAUGACAGAGAUACGGAGAUGGCAGCGUCCACAGUGCCAUCCAAGACUACGGCUUCCAUUCCCUGUGCUUGGAUAUCGAAAUAUCCGGAUGCUAUGCCUGGUGUAGAUGCCAUGCAUCACUAUAAAGUGCCACACAUCCCCUCGCAUUCGAGGCCUAUCGUGUCCGAUGUCGAGUAUCUACUUGAAUACAAACGAGGAGAACAAGGAGGACUUGAAACGGAACCCCAGCGAAGGGAUGCGGAAAUCUACCCUGUGGUUCAUCAGCCAACUAAACCACAAAGAAUCGUAACUCAUGGACUCAGACCUACAACAGCAGAAAACAAGAAGAGUGUGACUGCGUCUCAGACUUACCGUCCAAAAUCGCGCCCCGCAAAUCGGGUGGCGCGUCCGAUUCGAGAUGGAGUACCAGGAGUCAUACUAAGGAAGGUAUUCCAAUGUCCGAUUGGUCGCUCCGGCAGGCACGUACACCGUCGUUGCAAGGAUGAUUGGGAUCGACAGCAGCUUCUCAACCAUCUGGAGGCCGUACAUGCUGCUUAUGUUCGUUUCAGACACCAGGGUACAUCAAAGAAGGACCUGUGCAUCCUGCGAAUGCGGAUUCUCAAGACGCACCCAGACGACGAUGUUGCUUUCUUGAAGCUCUUAGAAGACACAGUCAUAAGUCCAGCGCCCCUAGUGUAG